AUGAGUGAUGAAGAUGACAACCUCAAGAAUGAUGUGGGGCCCUCCCACAUCAUUCUCGCCGUCGAUAUCAUCGACAGAGGCGCCGGGGCAGCUCGAGCAUUCGUAGCUCCUCUAUACGCCACUCCAGUCUUGGGAAAUGGUUCCCCGGGAGUUCAAUUCCUCACCGACCGGGAACUAGCGUUUCUCGUCAACGAACCGACGAUUUCCACGAUAAGGGGAUACUCGAAAGCCGAGCAGACGAAACUGCUGAAGGAGAAAGCGAGGAACAUCGUGACGAAGCGGUCCUCCGGCGGGACGGGAUUCGACGGGCGGGUCCUGGUGCACUGCCCAAGCGCGAGCGCCUCGGAGCGGCUCCGAGACGAACUGCCGUCGCAGAUCGCGGACUCCGCCGCGGCGGUCUGCGUGACGGAGGAGCCACCGGAAAAAAACAGGCGUCGGGUCCGGGAAUUCCUCGAGAAGAACCUCAUCUUCAGCGCCCUACCCCCUUCCGAACUGUAUAGAGAAAAAAAGUUCGACCACAUCCUAGCCAUUGCGCCCCCUGAUCGCGAUAUUAGCCUCUAUUUCGAAGAACUUCAUCGCCUUUACCUGGGUCGCCCCGACGGAUACUUUUGGCUGUUCGCGCAGGAAGACGAUCCUACAGCUCCUCUAUACGCCACUCCAGUCUUGGGAAAUGGUUCCCCGGGAGUUCAAUUCCUCACCGACCGGGAACUAGCGUUUCUCGUCAAUGAACCGACGAUUUCCACGAUAAGGGGAUACUCGAAAGCCGAGCAGACGAAACUGCUGAAGGAGAAAGCGAGGAACAUCGUGACGAAGCGGUCCUCCGGCGGGACGGGAUUCGACGGGCGGGUCCUGGUGCACUGCCCAAGCGCGACCGCCUCGGAGCGGCUCCGAGACGAACUGCCGUCGCAGAUCGCGGACUCCGCCGCGGCGGUCUGCGCGACGGAGGAGCCACCGGAAAAAAACAGGCGUCGGGUCCGGGAAUUCCUCGAGAAGAACCUCAUCUUCAGCGCCCUACCCCCUUCCGAACUGUACAGAGAAAAAAAGUUCGACCACAUCCUAGCCAUUGCGCCCCCUGAUCGCGAUAUUAGCCUCUAUUUCGAAGAACUUCAUCGCCUUUACCUGGGUCGCCCCGACGGAUACUUUUGGCUGUUCGCGCAGGAAGACGAUCCUACAGUUGCAAACAGCACAGAAAGCGAGAACCAUGUAGCAGAGUCAAUCUGGCUGCGCCAGGCUGAAGAAGUGAUAAGGGGAAAAUAUCCUGGUUGGCAAACCGAGCGGAUAACUCGGUUGGUUCCACUUGUUGAAGACAGAGAGGCAUGGAUCAGGUCGGCCAGAAAUACGGGAACUCGAGCAGAGAGAAAGCUCAUUCAUCGUCUUUGUCAGCUUGGAGAACGAAGGAACCUUCCCAUGUUCAUCACGUACAACAACGAUUUCGUCCAUCUCAUCAAGACGAGGAACAGCGAAACCGAGGGGAAGUUGGAAGCGGGAGAGCACGACAUCGUCCUGAUACAUCGCGACCUCGGCAUCAUCUUCCUUCAGAUCAAGUACGUGGAGUCUGAGGAAACCGGACAAGCACCGCAACGUGCAAUCAACAGGAACCUUCAGCGCGCCAAAGAACAGCUGAAGAAAGACGGUCGCAGCCUCGAAGCCACAAUGAGGGAAUGCGGCCUGGACGACAUGCGUGUGAAACUCUUCGUCGCGGCGCUCCCGAACGUCCAGAGAGAUCAGCUGACGGAGGAAUCGUGUGACACCGUCUUCCUCUGCGAGGAAGAUUGUUCCUCGGUGGAUGCCAUGGAGAGUUGGUGGCUCGCGCGAGUCGAGUCCAAGCAUCCGCAGAACUCCACUAUGCCUCCAAACACUUACCUUCAGCUUCUAUCAAUGGAAGUGAACAAGCGUUUGAGAGAGAAAUGGGACCAGCUCACGAAGUACCUGGACGAGGAAGACAUCUCGGCGAAGCUCAUCUCGAAGGGGAUCCUCUCCAUGGAUUGGGGCAAGGGAUUGACGCGCCAGCGCGAGCGCAGGGCAGCCAUCCUCCAAGCCGCCCGGGGGAAGGGCCCAGACGGUCUCGAGGGUUUCCUCCAGGCCCUCAAGGAGAUCGGGCAGUGGCACUUGCUGCAAGAUGCGGCACAGUCGUUGCUGCCCGGAGAGGUCGAUGCCCGUCUCAGGGGGCAUUGGGAUCGGCUCUUGGAGUUACUCGACGUCGAAUGCAUCCCGGCGAAACUCAUUUCGAAGUUCGUGCUUUCUACGGACUGGAGCGAAGGAAUCAGUCGGCAGCGUGACCAGAGGAAGGCCAUCCUCAAGACUGUGCUCUCCAGAGGCCCGGCCGGUUACCAGGCUUUUUGCGACGCCCUUGCCGAGUGUGGGCAGGAAUGGCUCUUAAUGGAUAAGUGACUUCCGGCUUAAUGCAUUUGUAGCUUCUUGCGGAUGGAGUUCGCUGUUUUGUGUCGCCACGAACUUGAAAUCGAAUAACUCGUUCUGAUGUUUUCGACGCUUGUUCUCCCUAAUGAUCUCAAUUUCUUCUCAUCGUGUCAUCAUUUGAUGAAGAUCAAAUUAUGUUUCACGUUUUUUCACUGCAUCGCCACAUUUUGUUUCGUUGUCAUUAACAAAAAAAAUUGUUUCAGUAGACGAACCGAUUCAGAAAAUUUCAC